AUGCCUACAAGGAUAAUAUGCCGAAGAGUUGCAGGACGGUCAUGCAGCGUGGCUGCGUUUUGUACGACAACCAAGGUGCCGGACAAGAGGUUAUUCUUUGGCAAAGCAGAAGAGGACCAGAGCUUCAAAAAGGCGGAGAAGAGUUCCAAACCCGUCGUCACGCUCAGGCUAUGGAGACCUUCAGGAUACAGAGUCUCUUUUCGUCCAUCAGCCUACACUGGCGCCAAGUGUGUACCUGAUGAGGACGCAUCUCGUGGCUUGGACGGUGGAUCGCCUGAAAGUGAUCACACUAGCAUUGGUGCCAAGCAGAUCCAGAACGCCUACAGCAUUACGUGCUCACGGAGGCUUUCUAGCACAAAGAACAGGCCGCUGGGUUUGGAAAGCAGCAAGCGUCUCUCGAUCCAAGCUAACUCGGCACAGCCAAGAAAACCGGAUCUUGCGGAAGACGGUGGGGAAGCGGCCGAUCUGGAGGCUCACGAUCCGAAGGAAGAUCCCAGGGCGUUUCAGAAGCAAAGGAACGAAUACCAAGUGCUGAGUUACGAUAGACACAAGCUCCCUCAGCCUCUUUCUGAAGAGGAAGGUAGCCUGAUCCUGCAGGACGUCGCCGUGUCCAAAAGCAGCCUGAAACCACACGCCAUUGCAGGGCAUUUCUUUAGGCUGAGCGGCUUGCCAGUAGACCAGCACGGAAGCCUGAAAUCCAACCCCAGGUUUGCCAUAUUGUGCCACUAUGCAGUUGAAAGCAUCCGGCUCUUUGACCUUCCUGAGCUGCUUAUGGUUUUGAAAGCCUUUGUUCACUUAGCCAUUCCACCGAACCACUCCAUGUUGAAGGUUUACGAAUCAGAAUGCUGCCGUCGGGCCUGGGACAUGGGCCUAGAUCGCCUCCUGCUGGUGGCCGACCUGUGGCGCUGCUUGGGGCGCAGCGUCCCUCGGUAUCUGGAGAUCGCACUAAGCUACGUUAAUCUGCACUGGCAAGAACUCACCUUGCCCCAGCUAGUUCAGUUAAUCUAUAUCAUCGGCGAGGGCCGCAGAGCCCCAGAGGAUUUCAUGAAGAAACUCGACUCCUUGGUCUUGAAGCACUUGAACGCUUUGAGCCUAGAGGAAGUGGGCACCGUUUGCUUAGGGUUCUUCAAGUCCAGCCACGGUCUUUCGGAACACACUAUGCGGAAAAUCGGAGAUAAAGUCUCUGCCCAGAUGGCAGAGAUGAGCGAUUAUGCCUUGGUGAAUGUGCUGAAGAUGUACCGUUACACUCACGUCGAUCAUCUUGAAUUUCUGAAGCAGCUUGGGACUGUCGUUCCUCCACGGAUCCCCGCCAUAGGCACUCAAGGAGUCAUGCACAUCACCCUUGCUUGUUCAGCUUUGCAUUACCGUAACGAAAGGAUUCUGGACGCAGUCGCCUCUUCGGUCCCUUCCAGGGCAGCGUAUUGCCGAAGCAAAGAUGUCGCCAAGUUCUUGUGGUCAUUUGGAUGCCUGAACUACGAGCCGCCUAAUGUAGAGGAAUUUUACACCUGCCUUGAGAAGCAGUUGCGCACAAAGUUGCAUGAGUUUCAGAAAUUCCCCGUGCAUUUGCUCACCUCCUUGCUCGCACUGGCGUUUGCAAAGCGGUUCCCGAAAGACCUGAUAGAUUGCGCUCUGAGUCCCAAGUUUCUCAAACUAAUCGGGGAUGGUAAGCUUGACCUCAAGAAGGAUUUGUUCACCCUUGACGGCACGGUGGAGAUUGAAUGCCCUGAUUACACAGGCAGCCGCCUUGCGCUGCAGCUGAAGCAGGAGGUGACGGAGGUGUUAUGGAAUUCUGCCAAGAAGGACAUCUGCACAAAGCCAGAAGUCAAAGAAGCACUCUCUCUUCUUGAAGACAUGUUGGGCGGUCCCCGGUACAUCAAACAUCACAUGGUCUUGCCUCACACCAGAUCGGCUGAUUUGGAGCUUCGGUUAGACCCAGAGCGGAAGCCAUUGCCUUUCCAUACAGAAGCUGCAGCAGUAAAAUUAGAAUUAAAAGAGGAUGGAAUAUCUCUCACGGAUGACUUAAUGCAUCAGCUGUUGAAGGGGAGGUCUCCGAACCCGUCCCCAGUGGGUAGCAUUGGAAGCAAGGAUGGACCGUGUCUCCAGAAGAGACCGGUACAGGAGGAAGAGUCUCUGUCCACUUGGGAUCACUUUGCAUUUUCUGACGGUGUUCCUCUUACUGGCACCAUCUUGAAGGCGUUGACCAAAUCAAAAACUUCUUACGAAGUCCCGGACUCUAAGCUGAAAGAGCAGCAUCUUGAGGGCACGAAAUUAGCCAUUCAGGUGUCCAAUAGGAACCAGUAUAGCUAUCACUCAAAACACCUCCUGGGGCUCCACCAUUUGAAACGAAGACAGCUCCGUCAGAUCGGAUACACAGUGGUAGAACUGCCCUUCUGGGAAUGGUUUCCCUUGCUCCGGCGUAGCCGGUCAGAAAAACUGAGCUAUUUGCACCAUAAAAUAUUUGAUUCUGUACUGUAA